GGUUCCUAUCUUUUUUUUAAAAGACAAAUUAAGCAUUUUGUCCAAAAUGCACAGUCCCUGUGAAAAGUCUUAAUUUAUUUUUAAAAUAUCGAUAUACACUCGAAUAUUUUGAUAUAUUUUCGACAGCUCUAAUGCAGAAUCUUGUCUGUGGAAAAUUUUUGACCUUUCGCUGGCUCUUUGCAAGCAACCUGUGCAUCGCGAUAGCAUCUGCAUCCGCAUCCACAUCCACUGUCGCAAGGCCAUCAACUUCCAAGAUAUCGAGCCGUUUGUGCCAGAGCAACCAGCAUUUCUUCGAUAUCCCGAGAUCAGCUGCAAAGAUGAGCAGCGGCAAGGAGGCGGGAGCAGCCGGAGCAGCCGCGGAGUCCUACCAAGCCGACACCAAUUCUGUGGUCUUUGUGACCACGCCAGAUCGGGAAACGGGCAAGAAGCUGGCCAGCAGUAUUAUCGAACGGCGGCUGGCCGCCUGCGUUAAUAUUGUGCCGGAGAUCGAGUCCAUCUACCUGUGGGAGGGCAAAGUCAACCAGGACAGCGAAACCCUUUUGAUGAUUAAAACGCGCACCGAACGCGUGGACGAGUUGAGCAAGUUCGUCCGCGAGAAUCAUCCAUACAGCGUCGCCGAAGUCAUCUCGUUGCCCAUUCAAAACGGCAAUCUGCCAUAUCUGAAUUGGAUCACACAGACCGUGCCGGGACGAGGAAGCAAGGAUUAAACCAAAUAUGAUAAGGAUUUACUGAGAAUGAAAUAUAUGUAGACUAUUUAUAGUCUUUAUUUUUUUUGUA